UUAGUUUAAUUCCCUAUUAAAUAAGUUCACGUUUUCCUUCUUUCACAUAAAGAAGAGGAAGAAGUAAACAAAACAAAAAAAAAAACCUAAAAAAAAAACAAAAUCAAACGUUUUCUUUCUCAAUUCCCCAUCUUCUUCAGAUCUCAGCAAAUAACAAUGACAACUUCAAGGCGUCUAGCAGAUAGGAAGGUGGAGAGAUUUGAGAAGAAUAUUACUAAGAGAGGAUUUGUGCCUGAGACAACUGUCAAGAAAGGAAAUGAUUAUCCUGUUGGACCCAUUGUGCUUGGGUUUUUCGUCUUUGUCGUCAUUGGAUCAUCUCUAUUUCAAAUAAUUCGAACUGCAACAACUGGAGGGAUGGCUUAAGCGAUUAUGGGAGGGUACUCACUUAGAAGUCGAAAAGUUCUAGGAUUUUGUUUUUCUAAUCUAAAGUGAAUGUAAACAUUAUAAUAGACUUUCACAUGGUUUUUCAUGUCUGUAGAACAAUAUUCUGGCAACUAAUUAUCUAAAUAAAUAAAUGGCAUAGUUUUCUCUCUCA